AUGACAAGAACGAUAGCCGGCAUGCGCGCCGCGCGCGAGGAAUACCGCCGACUCAGGGCCAUGGGCAUCAACACGAAGAAGCAGCUCGUAACCCGUGCCAGGCGCAUGACUUGCCCACCUCUUCCUCGCAAAACUGCCUCAUUGACUCCAGCAAAGUCCAAGAGUCCUUCACCCAAGAGCACGCCAUCUAAGGCCAGCCCAACCGACAUUCAAAAGUCGAGAGGCAGGGAUAAGGUAGCGAGCAAGGGCAAGGCAAUCUUGAGUCCUGAACCCAGUGCCACGGACAGAAGCAGUGAAGCCGAAGACAGCUCCGCGGUGGAGUGUGUCAGCUCCGCUGCCAUGAAGACCAAGACCAAGACCACGGCGAACAAGACACCUGCAAGGGGUCGCAAGAGGAAGAUCGCAUGCAUCGACAGCGACGAGGAAGAAGAGGAAGAGGACUACCAGGAGGACGAAGAUGAGGAAGAGGAGGAGUAA